CGUCAUGGGACAACGCCACAAAUUUCAUUGUUCCUAACCCUGAAAGACAUUUUUGUCCCUUGUUUUAUACCUUUAAAAGCCCUUAAAACAUUUGUUCAAGGCCACAAAACGCCGGUUUCCCCACCGGUGGUUGAGGUGAGAACAUUUUAGUCUAUUCAGCCUUCAAAUUUGGGAAUAGCCACCUCGUAGCAUCUGUCAACAGUAAAAUAGCAACGUUUAUGCUGUGGCAGUGACCGGGCUUGUUCUUGUGGUUGGAGAAAAGGUAGUCAACCAACAAUGCCGACGACACUCAACAUGACGGAUGGAAUGCCCAUCUCCGAAAUAACGUUGCAUCGUGGUGAAACAGGUUUGGGCUUUAAUAUUCGUGGAGGAACAGACAUCCCACACUUCAAGGAAGACUCUGGUAUAUUUGUAACUAAGCUCAAAGAAGCCGGUGCUGCUUUCAGAGACAAGCGCUUGAAGGAGGGAGACAAGAUCCUUGAGGUUAAUGGCCACAAUAUCCAGUCUGUGACUCACAAUGAAGCCGUCCAGAUUUUCAUCACAGCUGGAGAAACAGUGACAAUGAAAGUGCAACACGGAGCCGAAGCGUUUGUUUUGAAAAAACUGGAAGACCGGAAAAAGUUUGGAAGCGGUAUGAUCGUGUUCUUACUACUUCUGGGAGUUGCAGCCGCUGCAGGAGUUGGCUUCAUUGCUAUGAAGAACAAAUGAGUUUGGUUCUUAUGCCUGACAAUAACGCUGAAGAUAUCUAUUCUUUUCUACUCAAUUCAUUCAAAAGAAAGCAGAAGUCUGUGGGUUGAAUAUUCUUUGAAAAAUAAUCUACUUUAUUAUUUUAUAGCCUUAUAUUUUGUCGAAUACAUUUUACUUUUAGCAAAUACAAAGACAAUAAUGCUUAGACUUUUAACCUUUUUGUGUAGCUGUUUGAACUCGUCCCAAAAAUGUUUUUGUUGUUUUGUCUAUCAAGUUUUUCUUCUCUACAUCAUAUUGCUCUUUGGUGGAGUGUGCACAAUAACAUUUCGUCCUGAUGUUUGUAGGGCUUUCAAUAGUUUUCUCUUUUUUUUUUGGAAGGGAUGGAGUAAUUUUUAUUGGGGCCAUGAUAUAUGAGUAGAACAGUAUAAAAUUCAGUGACCCAUACUUUCCUUUUUUGGCAUGGCAUCCAAGAUACUGCUUUAACUGAAGAAUGCUGAUACAUUUUAAAACAAGGUCAACAGUUCUCAGUUUGUUUGGAUUUGGAUUAUUUAGAGGUCUAGGAAACAUUAUAAAAGAUGAAAUGAAGAAUUUCUCCUUUGAUUCCUCCACACUUUUUUGUCUUGGAUCACCUGAUGCAACCGAGUUGGUUAUAUGAUCAUCAGUAGUUGUAAACAAUGCUGUGUUUGCUGGAACUACAUGGAGAUCUAGCAAGUUAUUGUUGAGUCAUUUAGAGUGUAUACAGCAGAUUGUCAAAAUGGUGAAACUGAAAUACAAUGUCAUCAUAUCUUAAUCUAGAGUGCUUACAAUGAUUUCUCGUUUCGUUGUUUCAUCGACAUCUUUUGUUUCUGUUCUUUCAAAAUUUGAGGAUGAAACUUAGAUAUUUACAUGAUCCGCCAACAUGUUCAAAUUAGUCCUUCAGGGUUUUUGUUUGGUUUUUCAUUUAUAAAGUUUUAUUUGAUUUUGAUAUUCUUUAUUCAGCACUGAUUUUUAACGUUCAUUUUAACACCUUUUGAUGACAAUUGUGUAUUUCUUUCUUUUACUUUGUGCUGAUUGUUGAUGUCUGUUUCUUCUGUCAGUCAGUUUUCUUUACAUGGAGAGGACUAAUAAUGCUGUCUGCUUUCACUUCUUUAUUUUUUUGGACUUUCAUAGUUGUUAAUGAAAUUAAAGGUAUGCUUUGAGAGGUUUUUAUUCUUUGUCUUAACUGGUGUCAAAAAGCAAAAUGUUGUUCUAGUCUCAUUAUCUUAUACCAUGGUUGGUCUUUUAGAUUAUUUAUAAUAAAUACCAAUCAGUUAAGUGCAAGGGUAUUGUAUGUAAUUUUUGCAUAUCUCUUUUCUCAUUUCCAAUUUUAUGCUAGUUGGCAUGAGCUUCAAGUUGACUGACUGUUCUUAUUUAUUGGUAAAAAUCACACAUUUUUUGUUUACAGUGUUCGUCUACAGUGCAGGGGCAGUAUUAAGUUUACAAUUCUAUGUCUUACAUGUAUAUAAGGUUUGAAAGUUUUGUUAUAAUAAAGCAAGUAUACCAGGGGUAGUGCCCAUAGUUUUAACUUUUGUCUAAGAGUAUGCCUGACUUUCUGCGAUUUGCAAUUCACCGAACCAGUACCAUCUUUAUUGUGGCUUAAAUUGCUUGGAAUAUAGACUUAUGAAAGAAGUUGUCCUACCUCUCUAGGCUUUACAGUUUUUUCAUUUCAUCUAUAAUAACCGUCCUUGUCGUCAGCUCAGUGCUAGGAGUAGGUGCUUAAUCUACUCUUUUUUUCUUAGAUCUGAUCAAAUUAUGAGAGUUUCUUCCUAGUUAGUAGAGGGGAACCAGGGACCACUGGCAUGGGAGGGAGCAUCAACAAUUGGUUGAGGACGCUCAUGUUGUGAAUUUUUUUUUAUUUUUUAAGUGCACUUCUUAACUGUUCUCAGCGAUAGGUCUCGUUUCUCUAAACUGUUCUGUUAAGCAGUAUGUCUUUGCGUGUCUCAUCUUCAUAUCUUGUGAUACUGAUUGUUCUCAGUCAAUAGUUCUGACACAGCUGCAGUGGUUCACGACAAAUGGAAUAAAAUGCGAAAGCAUUUUGUUCUAACUGAAGGGGUUAUGAAUAGUAAAAGCCUAUUGUAUCUCUUGAAAUUUAUAGCAAUAUUUUUGGUAGAGUUAUUAUCAUGGACUCCUGAUAAGAUAAUGUCAUGUCUUACUCUUAGUAUAUUUUUAUGCACUGGAGUAAAAACAAAGAAACAACACAUAUAUAUAUAUAUGUAUAUAUAUUUUUAAGGAAUUGAAACACUUUAGCUGUUCAUAGUUCAUGAGACUACAUAUCCAAAGUGCAAAUAGUGGAAGACGUUGUGCCAAUAUUUCAGAACUGUCUUCUACAUUGAUACGUUUGCACAUGUUUUCGUUUUUGAUGUUGGCACAAGGGAAAUUUUAUAAACAGUGCAUAAUUUUCAAAAUGAUGAAGGUGUUGUUUACCGGUAUUCUUAACAAGGUGUUUUGCUCUCAAUCAAUGUGAACUAUAUACAUAAAUUUGUUUUCAUUUGUAUCAAACAUGUUGGUUUCAUGCUGUAGAACUUGCAUAUAUAUAUUCUCCCACUUUUCUGGUAAUGCUAGGGCAUAAAGCACUCUUUGCAUGAGGUAUAUGUUGGUAGGAAAUGAGGCAUGGUACUUAUAUUUUUUCAUUGACUUACUUGGAUUUGCUUGGUUUUAGUUGCACUGGACAGGAUUGCAGUAGAGGCCUUUAUUAGAAAAUUUAAGUGGAUUUAAUGUCAGUAUAAUCCCUGAAUAUGCCUACAGUGCAAUAUUUAUAGUACUAAUAGUUGCAUUAACUGUGUGUCUGUGAUCUUUUUGUUAUGGCACACCUGCCCAUCACUCCCAUGACCAAAAGGGGAAGUUUUCCUCUGAUUCCUCUCUAAUGAUUGGAGUUUCCGGAGAAAAAAAUUAGAGUGUCCAAAAUGCCAGUAGAUCAUGAUUGCGUUUAAAACUGAACGUGGAAAUGUGGCAAAUUAUUGUGUUUUCAAAUACACGCAAAUAAAAAUAGUAUUUUCAAGUCAUUUAUGAUAAGUUGCGCAAAUAUUGCAAAUAACUGUUAUUUUCACGUAAUUUACGAUAAGCUGUGUACGAUCAACAGAAACAGGAAUUCAUGACCAAAAUUGGAUUUUAUGCACAUUCUAUCAGGAUUCUCUGUUGGGCUAAGUACACAAUCAGAGGGCUCUGACAUUGAUUUGUUGGAGGGCAUGGCAGGUCUGUUAUGGGCAACAAGAUUUAUUGAUUAUCAAGUCUCUUGUAUACAAGUUUUCUUCUGAGUCUCCAGGGAUAAAAGAAUUUUUUUGAUUGUCAUAAAUAUUGUUUUCAUUCAUAUGUUUCUGUUCCUGUGUAUAUGUCUUGUACAAAUGUGAAGUUUUGUGUAAGUCUAUGAUGUAUUUGGAUCUCAUGUGUUGUGGAGCAGGGACGUCUGUUGUUUGUGUUGUUGUUACCUGUGUACAUAGACUGCUACAUUCUUUAUAUGUGUAUUUUUUGGUGUGAUUUGUGUUUUUAAUAAUACUUGUAUCUGUUUUUAUUUUAAGUUGUGAAAUAUCCUUAUUUGUUUGUGCUUUAACAAAAGAUACAUAUAAUAAUCUCUCGUAUUUUAUGUUUUGUGGAUAUAAUAUCCUGAUAAGAUAUUACCUGUGGCAGCACCAGUUUGAAUAAGGAGAGUUUCUUCUUUGCUUCUAUCUUCACGUGAUCACGUGACGCUUUCAUAGCAGACAGAUCUAGUUUUCUCCAUGCCAUCGUGCUCAAAUGCAUAAUAAAUGCAGUUUCUCUGUGGGUGUUUCGAAUUUUGUUCACAAUUGUGAGUGCAAUAGCUAGCUGUCUCAUUCUGUAAGAGCAGUGUUGUUCACUGAACUGACAAUAGUGUCACACAGAACACAGUGCAUGUGUGGUCAUUGGUUACCUACCUCCCUAGGGUUUCAAGAAAGUCAGCAUAAAUAUAUGGAUCUGUAAAAAAGAUAUAUGCAGAUCUUUUUCUUUUAACCGUCUCUAGGUUUCAGUAGUUUUGUCCUCUGAAACUGUUUCUCCUUUCUUUUCUAUCCCCCUUUUCAAUAUAUACAUGAUGUAUCACAAAGAGAUGACAUUUUAUUUGUGCAUAAUAUAGUCUAUUAUGUAAGCAGAUUGUACCCACGUACUUUUGACUAAGAAGAUGAAGUAAGAACGAGGAGAAAUUCUUAACAUUAAAACUACUAUGGGUGUAGAUAUCAUUGUGGGGUCCUCUUGAAAGGAUAUUCUGGUACCUGUAUCCUUAGUUAGCCUUAGUACCGGGUAGUUGUAGUACUGUACCACAAGAGCAGCCCAGGAAGGAUAAAGUAUUUUCAGGGGUUUUUUUUAAUGGCAUUAUACAAAUCAGCCGCUGUUACUAUUGGAAUUAAAAGUAUCUGUUAUAUUGAUGCCUCCAGGAUUUAUGAGCAGUGGUUAAUUUUAAUUUUUUGGGUGGCCACUUCAAAUGUUCAGUUUUCCUCUUUCAGUUCAGGUUCUUUUUUUUCUUUUGUUUGUAUUUAUCUUUUUAUUGGCGGCAGUUGGUAUCCUGAUGACUUUCUCCACUCCUCAGUUUACUCGUAUAAUUGAAGUCCGUCACCACUUUUAUAUAUAAAGAACACCUUGUAAAUGUGUACCUUUUGAUUUUAUGAUGACUGAAAGUGUGUGUUUGUUAUCUCCAUGUUAUAUUAUAUAUCACGUGUAUGUAUGUGCGUGUGUGUGCAUAAACUUGGUACUGAUACUUGUUGUGUGGUUUAUCAAUGCGUGCCUGUGUCAUUUUUAACUGUCAAGCAUUGAAAUAAAAGGAGUAGAAGCCUGUUACUUUGCUGAGAACACCAAGUA